AUGUGCCAUCUGGAGGGAGGUGGUAAUUGGCACAUGAACCUGCUUCCGGAAAAGACUUCCCCCACCACCAAUCCAAAUUCUACUACGGCUGCAGCGGCAGCGGCCGCUGCUGCUGCGGGCUACCUCGCUGACGUGAAACCCCAACCACAGCAACUGGCUGCCCCACAACCGACGUCGAAACAAGCGUUGGAUUUCAAUCACCACCAGCAGCAGCACCAUCCCAAUGGAGCUGAGGGUCAGGUACAGGCUCCUCCUCCAACGCACCAUCAGACAAAUAAUCCCAGUGCUAGCGGCCCUCCUGCCCCUGUUCCUCCUCCUCCUCCUCCUCCUCCUCCUCCUGGCGCUACUGCUCUACCUCCACCACCCCUUCUGGAACCAUCCCAGCAACAACAACAACAACAUCUCUCCUCUUUGGCACAUCCCGUUCUCCCACCCAGUCUCCGUGAAUCCGUGAGUUUCUUUUUUUAA